GUCACUGGCUUUGACCUUCUCGAACUGAGCUGAGUAGCAGGCUGGCGAGUGUAAAGGAACCUACUGUUCCUUAGUUCCUACUCAAAAAGGAAAACCACCAAAGCUAUGUCUCAGAAACAUUCGCAGCCUGACAAGGUAAACAAAAUUUCGGUAUUACGUAAAAUGAUAGGCCUUCAAAAAAAGCGACCAGCCGCCGGAGACUACGUAGUGCCCAAUAAUUCGGUUCUCAAUCUGCAGCAUAAGCCCGGUCUCUACGAUCCCACGCCCAACGCCAUGGAGAAGGCCACCAAGUGUCGCUAUUGCGAGAACAUGGCCAAGAAUUUCCUCUACCUGGAGAGUCUGAUACGGAACAACAAGGAUGGCGAUAAGGGUGCCAAGUGCAGCCUGUGCAACUCGUCGCUCAAGUACUUGGAGUAUGUAAAUCGCAAUAUCCGCCAGGUUUUCGGCAACUUCGAUGCCAUUGUCCAGGCGGAUCGUGCCCUGGCAGCCAAGCCGGCCAUGAUGCCCAAAUACUCGGUGGCCCCGCCCCCCGAAAAGGGGAACUCGCGCGCCAAGGGCGGCGCCAUUGUCUCGCCUCAGAAGUCGGCCAAAAGCCUUAGGACCAAGACCUCGCCCGCGAAACUCAAGUCCAAGGAGAAGGGCAUCAAGAGCCAGAAGUCAUCGAAGUCACUCAAGUCGCACAAGUCCGGCAAGUCACUCAAGUCCGCGAAGUCCACGAAGUCGGGGAAGUCGCACAAGUCCACCCUCAAGCUGUCCAAGAAGGGUCUGGCCAAGCCGAAGAGCGCCAGUCCCAAGAGCCAAAUCAGCCACGGCAAGAUGAUACUGAAGCGCAAGUUCCGCAGCAAGGUGGCCAGCAAGUUGGCCGGCAACAAGGUGAUUCGCAGUGUCAGUCAGUACCGCAGCUUGGCCUCCAACCGCUCCAAGCUCUCGAAGGGAUCGAGCCACAAGAAGCUCGCCAAGCAGCGGUCCACCGCUCCGCCGACCAGCAUCAACUGGCAGCUGCUGAAGAAGAACCUGCCCAAGCGACCCCCUCCGGUGAAGUAGAGGCUGAAAUGACCGGAUGGAUCGAUCGGCGGAAUUGGUCCAACACCCUUUGCACCCAUCUCCAAAUUAUCUCGUUUGUCAAAAUUCUACUAGUGAUUAUUUGCAUACAUAAGCUGAGACAUUUUUACAAGCAAAACUAA